GCUCUUUUACGAUUCAAACCUCGAGGUGUGAGGACGUCAACGUCUAGUUAGAGUGUUGUGCCAGCCGACCGACCAGCCGUUUCAUUAAAGAACAACUAAAAAUUUUUAUAUAUAAUAAAAUUAAACCUUCUUUCAUUUUAUUUGUGGCCGAAGCUGAUAAAACCAUUAUAAAAACAUAGAAAUCCGCUAUACCGACCGCAACAACUACAGCAAGAACAACGAUUUCAAAUAAUCUUUUUUAGAAGCAGCAACAGAAGCAAGAACAAAAAUAUAUUUGUUUUGUUUUCCCAUUACAAUUUUAUUCAGAACCGGAAUUAAAUAACAAACAAAAAUUUAACAAAAUGCCACAAACAGUUACCAAUGGACACUCAAACGGUUGCAACGGCAACGGCACUCAAUAUGACAUGGAAGAUGGACAAUCAUUCCUAUUCACUUCCGAAUCUGUAGGUGAAGGACAUCCCGAUAAAAUGUGCGAUCAAAUCAGUGACGCUAUUUUGGAUGCACACUUAAGACAAGAUCCCGAUGCUAAAGUUGCAUGUGAAACUGUUGCUAAAACUGGUAUGAUUCUAUUAUGCGGUGAAAUUACAUCAAAGGCUGUGGUUGAUUAUCAAAAGGUUGUACGUGAAACUGUAAAACACAUCGGUUAUGACGAUUCUUCAAAGGGUUUCGAUUGGAAAACAUGUAAUUUACUUGUUGCUAUUGAACAACAGUCUCCCGAUAUUGCCAAUGGUGUACAUGUCGAUCGUAAAGAAGAAGAUGUUGGCGCUGGUGAUCAGGGUAUUAUGUUUGGUUAUGCCACUGAUGAAACUGAAGAAUGCAUGCCCUUGACUGUCGUUUUGGCGCACAAAUUGAAUGAAAAAAUCGCUGAAUUACGUCGUUCCGGUGAUUUCUGGUGGGCCCGUCCCGAUUCAAAGACACAGAUCACUUGCGACUAUUUGUUCGAUCAAGGCGCCGCUAUUCCCAAGCGUGUCCACACCGUUGUCGUCUCCUUGCAACAUUCUGAAAAGAUUGCCCUAGAAGAUUUACGCACUGAAGUUAUGAAUAAAGUAGUUAAAGUAGUCAUUCCCGCCAAAUAUUUAGAUGCCAAUACCGUUGUACACAUAAACCCAUGCGGUUUAUUCGUCAUUGGUGGUCCCAUGGGUGAUGCCGGUUUGACUGGUCGCAAAAUCAUAGUCGAUACCUAUGGCGGUUGGGGUGCUCAUGGUGGUGGUGCCUUUUCGGGUAAAGAUUAUACAAAGGUCGACAGAUCGGCUGCCUAUGCAGCACGUUGGGUAGCAAAAUCGUUGGUUAAGGCUGGUUUGUGCAAACGUUGUUUGGUGCAAGUAUCAUAUGCUAUUGGCUUGGCUGAACCCCUCUCCAUAACAGUCUUCGAUUAUGGCACCUCACACAAGACCCAAAAGGAAUUGUUGGCUAUAAUUAAGAAUAACUUCGAUUUGAGACCCGGCAUGAUUGUUAAGGACCUCAACUUGAAACAUCCCAUCUACCAGCGCACAAGUACUUAUGGCCAUUUCGGUCGUGAAGGUUUUGCUUGGGAGCAAGCUAAACCUUUGCAAAACAAUUGACUAGAAGCUGAUACACAGCUGCUGCCUCAGCCACCGUGUGCUAAAAAGUGUAAAACCGCGUAAUUUUUAGUUCUUAAUUUUAAUCAUAUUUCUUUUUCUUAUUUUUUAUUUUAUAUAUAUUAUUAUUAUAAUUUUUAUUUUGUGCCGAAAGGAAAAAGCUGAAAAUGUUUAGCUACAAAAAAAAGUAAUUAAUUAAUUAAUUUACAAAAUCAAACAAACAAAAUGAUUGCAACGCCAACAACAACAAAAUCAGCGUGAAAAGAGCCAUUAAUUUUUCAUUAAAAUGUGAAAAAGGCAUUUCAAUUUCUCUAUUUUUUUUAUUAAUAUAUAUUUCGCUUUUACCAUUUUUAAACAUUAAAUUAAAUUUAAUUUUAGUUGCCAAAACAUAAAAAAGUUACAAAAAAUAUCAAGAAUAUAAUAAAAACUGCAAAAAACAUUAAGCAAAAUAUUACAACAAAAAAUAAAUAAAAAAAAUGUAUAACAAAUAGACAAAAAAACAAGAAUAAACAAAACAACACUGCUAUUUACAACAAUAGUCAAGAAUUCUUCCUUAAUUUAUCAUUUUCAUUUAACAAACGCUAUUUUCAACUCAUUUUCACUUCCCCAACAAAAAUACAACGAAGCAGCAUACUUUUUAUCUUUUUAACCUAGAAACAAUUAAUUGUUUAUGUUGUUUUAAUUUUUCCAAAAAAAAACUAUUUUAAUUUUAGAAAAUACAUUUGCAAAUUUGUAUUGUAAAUGUCCUUCUACUUCUCAUGCUGUUCGUAUGUGUGUAUCACAUCAUCUCGUAUUUAUGUCCUUUUUUACUCUCUACUACUUACUAUUAAUUCAAAAUAUUGAAAAUAAUAAAUAGAAAAGAAAAUACAAACCAAGAAGAAAACAAAUGAAAAGAAACGUAUAAAAUAUAAAGAAAACCAUGUAUUUUGUAUUAAGUCUUUCUCCUUUUUAAGUAAAUUCAAUAUUAAGCAAACAAAAAAAAAAAAAAAACAUCAAAUUUUAUUAAGUAAAACUACAAAACAAAAGAAAACUACUUUUAUUUGCGUGUGACAAGAAAUAGUGUAUAUUUUAAAUGAAACGCAAUUAAAUAUAAUUAAAUUAUAACAAAUAAAUACAUGUAUGUAAACAAUAUUGAAACAGUUUAAAAACAUCUAAAUUAUAUUCAAAGAAAUGAUAAAUUAAAACAAAAAUAAUACAAACUUAAAA